AUGGAGAGAGGAUUAUUAGAAGACCUGUGCCGAGGGGCACGAAUACCAGUAACCAAAGCUGUGCUGGUGGCGGGGUUCCCAGAAGAGAUGGAACCAAAUGAGAUUGAGGAGAGCCUAGAUGCAGCUGAAAUACUGGGGAGGGUAAAGGUCCACACUCGUAUUUACAACCGCAAAGUGAAGGGCAUGGUAGCACUAUGUACUCACUCCAAGGAAGCAGAUCUUGACAAAGUGCCCAAAGAGGUGAAAGUAGAAGGUAUCCCCUGGACAAUUCUCGGGGCAGAGCAGUCCCCUCCUAGUGUGUCUGAGUCACUUGAGGUGGAUUCUUUAGCACAGAAAUUGCAAGCUCUGAUGGUAGAUGAGAAGCGGACAAGAGAAGAAUUAAUUUUAGCAUUAGGAGGGGCUCCAACACCUGCAGCACCCAGCCUGGUGGGAUGGGCCAAAGAGCUGGGAAAUGCUCUCAAAGAUGCAUUGAAGCCGGUGCAUGAAAAUGCUCCAUACAAGCGGUUACGUUCAUUCUCGGGGGUGUCACCUGUACCCUCAGGGGAGGAUGAUUAUGAAACAUGGAGGGAUUUUACGGUGCCACUUGUCCAAGAGUGGGAAUGCUCUGAUGCUGAGAAGCGGAAACGGGUGCUUGAGAGUCUGAGGGGACCUGCCAUGCGAAUUAUCCGAGCCCUGAAAGACUCACAACCAGCUGCCACGGUGCAAGACUAUUUAACCGCUCUUGAGAGUGUCUAUGGUGCUACUGAUAGCAGUGAAGACCUGUAUUAUCGUUUCCGCCAUACCUAUCAGGAGCCCCACGAACGAUUGUCUGAUUUCAUCAGGAGACUAGAGGAUUUGCUACAGCAGGUAGUGCAGAAGGAGGGCAUCCCCACCAAGCGCAUUGAUUUCGCUAGGUUGGACCAAAUCCUCCGGGGCACCCGACAAGAUGGGUUGAUGUUGUGGAAACUGCAGCUGAGGAGCGGGCCCAAGAUCCACCCCAUUCCACAAGCUCAUUCGAGAGAUACGUGA